AUGUCAAAUCAAUUUUAUGUUAUUUUUCUAUUCUUAUUGUUGAGUCUCACCUAAGUAACUCCAUAGGAAGUUAGUUUCUAUGAAGGUUUUGUAACAAUUUUGAUAUACGGUGAUGGAAGCUUAGAUGAUUUAUAAAGAAACUUAGAUUUCACAAAAAAUUAACCAUAUUAUGCUUAUGAAGUUCUGGUUGCAGUAAAAAACAAGGAAAUUAUUCAUUAGAUCUCCAUAAACAUAAAACACUAAGAAAACAUUUAGAUGAUUGAAACAAAAGACGUCGAUGACUUUGCAAAAAUAUUGAAAUCUUCAUUCCACUUAGUAAAUGGGGAGUAUAUAGCUUUGAUCAAUACAAGGACAACUAAUAAGCGAGAUAGAAUUUUGCAAUAGGUUUAUGAAGCUAGAACUUAAAAUUACAAUGUUGUAGUAUCUGAAAUUGAGAUUUUAAAUGAAUAAGGCGAGCCACAAGACAAUUCGUACUUAAUUGAUGUUGACUAUGCUAGGAAUUUAGAUGGUAUCCUAUUUUCAACAGACUUCAGAUUAGAAGCCGCAGUAGUUAUGAGAAAAUUAUACUUUGCUGAAAUUUUAAAUCAAAUUCCAGAGAUAAACAGAUAUUAUGCGAUGAGCUAAUUUGCAAAAAAUUACAAUGUUAAUUUCAGAAGCAAUGCUUUUACCCAAAUCAGCCUUAAUAGAUAUCAUCAGAUUUAUUUAGAAGAUUCAAUUGUUAAACCUUAAUAAGACAUAGUGAGAUAUUUGACAUACAAUUCUUAUUUGAACAACAGAAAUUUCUAAAUCUCUACUGUGUAAUUUUCUAAAAUAUUAAAUUGCUCUUAUGAUUUCUUAGGAUGCGAUGAGCAAACUCUUUGCUUGGUUGGAUAUCUAAUGAUAGACAAGUAUUUAACUGAUGAAUCCGUUUUUUACCAUUAAAGAAAUUAGAUUCUCGAUUAGAUAUAAUAGAUCUUUAAUCAAUCCUAGAAAUUAGAUGAAACUAAAUAAAAUCCUAUUUAACACCCUUUAGUAUCUGUAAUUAUGACUUGCUAUAAUAGAGACUACUAUCUAUUAAAGUCUAUCUAGCAUGUGUUUUAAUAGACCUAUGCUAAUUGGGAACUACUAAUCUCUGAUGAUGGCUCUCAUAAUCCAAAAACAAUCUAAAUUCUUUAGUUAGUCUAAAAUCACCCAAGGAUUAGAGUUUUACAUCUUUAUACAAAUCAAUAUGCUGCAUAUGCUCUAAAUUUUGCAAUUUCAUAAGCAAAGGGAGAAUAUCUAGCAAUUUAAGAUGAUGAUGAUAUUAUGUAUCCAUCCAGAUUACAUGAUCAAAUAGAUUUUUUGUAAAGAAAUUUAGAAUAUGAUAUCUGCGGAGCAGGAUUUAAAAGAAUAAAUGAAAUAGGAAAGCCUAAAUUUUAACUUUAAAAAAAGGAGACAAAAUCUUCUAUUGUAAUAAAGCUGAAUUUAAAAAUGAAAGAACUUUUCAUCUAUAAUCAUUCGACUGCUUGUGAUUAUUCACUAUUCCUAAAACUCCUAUUUGAAGUAGAUCAGAAUAUAAGAUUUGGUUAUUUACCAACUUUUGUAGUUGGAAUCAGAGAACACGAGAAAAGAAUUUCAAAUAAUGAUAAUGAAGUAUCUCACUACAAAAAAUGGAUUAACCUUAAAUAAAUAGAAAUAGCCGAAAAAAUAUAUCCAGAAAUAUUUGAUAACUUUGGAUACAAAUGCUUUGAGAAAACAUUCUAUUCACUCACAGCUAGCAAAGAUUUUAUAGAAACAUGUAAAAAUCAUGACAUUUAACAAUACUUUAACUAAGUUAAAAAUGGUACGAUAUAAAAACUAUUUGUAUAAUAAAAAGAUAUUAAAGAUUUAGAUUAAUUUUUUAGUCUGUACUAAUAUCAGUACACGAUUAGACGUCAAUUAAAUUAGGUCAAAUACUUGGAUUAGUAACGAACCUUUGAUUGUAUUGUUCAUUAGGGAGAAAUUCGCCUUUUAUUGCUUCAUAUUGAUCAAUUAAAAGAUUAUGUUGAUAACUUUUUAGUUAUCUACUUAAAAACUCCUACAGACCAUCUUAAAAUGGAAGACCUUAAGAAACAUCUUGUUGACUAACCUAGAUUUGAGGAUAAACUAUAGACUAUAUAAGUCAAAGAUGAAUAUGUUAAUGUUCACACGAUGUAAACUGCUGGUGUAUAUUUUGAUUAAUUUAAGUGUGGUUUUUACUAAAGUAAAGGUAACAAUAAAGCUAAGACUUAAAAAUAAAUAGCAAACAUGUCUUAUGCAGAGAAAAGAAAACUUGAAGUAUUUUCUAAAAUAAUUCAAGAAGAUUUAAUAUCAUAUUGUGGAAAGAAAUAAUAGAAAUAGGAAAAAAUAAUUGAGGAUAGACCAUACGAUGAACUUUGA